UAAUUGGGUAUUACUUUUGUCAUUACUUACUCCACAAAGAUCUUGUACUCAGAUCUCCAGUUUCUUCUUUUAGCUGCUCUCUAUCUCUAUUCUCUCUCCUAUUGAAAAGGUUUGCAUUUCAUUAGAUUCUAAUUGGUUCUUUUAUGUCUGAAUUUCAUGGGUUUUGAGAGACUUUUGAUUAAGAAUAGUGGGUUUGUGUAAAUUGAUUGAAUAGUUAACUAAGUUGAUGGGUUUUUUGGGUUGAUGUUUGAUUCAUGAUUUUUGUUGGGUUUGUUAAAGUUGGGAACUUUAAUUGAUUUUAAUCAAGGGUUUGUGGUAGAAUCUAGAAAUUUAGUUAGUGAUAGUCUAUUAUUGAUAAGUACUAUUGCGAGUAAGUUAUGGUCUUACCUGAUCAAGCUUUAAUUUGAUUAUGGAAGCAAUUAUAUAUUAUUAUUGUGCAUAAUUUAAGUCAAAGAUGAAUAGUUCUUAGCUUGUUUAUUAUUAUGCUAGCUUGUAUUAUUCAUCUUAUAUAAUUGUUCUAGAUUGGACACAUAUGGAGUUGUUUGAGCUAAUAUUCAAUUGAUUGGGGUAUAUAAUUGGAGAUUUGCUGGAAUAAUUUAAUAAUAGUGAUGAUGAUUGUAGGAAAUUAUAUAUAAAGCAUUGUCUGAACUAGUUAGUACGUUGUAUUAGAUAUGGGGAGCAGCUCUAAGACUAUAGUUUGGUUUAGAAGGGAUUUAAGGAUUGAAGACAAUCCUGCCUUGGCUGCAGCAGCCAGGGAUGGUAGUGUAUUGCCUGUGUACAUAUGGUGUCCAAAGGAAGAAGGGCAAUUCUACCCUGGCCGAGUUUCGAGGUGGUGGUUAAAGGAAUCCUUGAUCCAUUUGGAUCAGUCAUUGAGGUCACUUGGUGUUGAACUCGUGUUGAUUAAGGCGGAGAGUACCCUUGAUGCCAUGUUGGAAUGCAUCAAUGCCACUGGCGCGAAUAAAGUGGUGUUUAAUCGCCUUUAUGAUCCUGUUUCACUUGUUCGUGAUCAUAACAUCAAGCAGAAACUUGGAGAACUAAACAUUUCUGUGCAUAGCUAUAAUAGAGAUUUGUUGUACGAGCCAUGGGAAGUGUAUGAUGAAAAAGGACAUGCUUUUACGACAUUCGCUCCUUUCUGGGACAAGUGCCUGAACAUGCAUAUGGAUCCCGCUUCAUUUCCUACUCCAUGGCGUCUUGUGCCAGCAACAGGAUCAUUCAAGAAGUUUUCAAUUAGGGAUUUGGGUCUUGAGAAUGAUUCAGAAAAAUCGAGCAAUGACUUGUUAAAAAGAGCUUGGUCUCCAGGUUGGACCAAUGCUAAUAAGGCACUCACGGAGUUUGUUGAGCAGCAUCUGCUUGAAUACUCAAAAUGCAGGGUAAAGGUUGGAGGGAAUUCAACAUCACUGUUGUCCCCUUAUCUGCAUUUUGGGGAGUUGAGUGUAAGAAAAGUUUUCCAUAGUGUGCAAAUGAAGCUGAUGGUGUGGGCAAAUGAAGGGAACAGUUGUGGUUUGGAAAGUGCAAAUAUGUAUCUAAGGGCUAUUGGAUUCAGAGAAUAUUCUCGAUACCUUUGUUUUAACUUCCCGUUCACCCAUGAAAGAUCCUUGCUGAGCAACCUGAAGUAUUUCCCUUGGAAUUCAGAUCAGACGCUUUUCAAGGCUUGGAGACAAGGUCGAACUGGAUAUCCACUGGUUGAUGCGGGAAUGAGAGAGCUUUGGGCAACUGGGUGGACUCACAACAGGAUGAGAGUAAUAGUGGCAAGUUUCUGUGUGAAAUUUCUGCUGCUUCCUUGGAGGUGGGGAAUGAAAUACUUUUGGGAUACACUUCUGGAUGCUGAUUUAGAAUGUGAUAUACUAGGUUGGCAGUAUAUCUCUGGGAGCUUACCAGAUGGUCACGAUCUACACCGUCUGGAUGACCCAGAGCUUCAAGGUUCUAAAUAUGAUCCGGAAGGGGAAUAUAUUCGGCAAUGGCUACCAGAACUAGCAAGAAUGCCAGCAGAGUGGAUUCAUCAUCCAUGGGAUGCACCUGCUACAGUUCUAAAAGCUGCAGGAGUGGAGUUGGGAUUCAAUUAUCCAAAACCAGUCAUUGAGAUAGACACAGCCAGAGAAAAUCUGACCGAGGCCAUAUGUUUGAUGCAAGGAAAGGCAGGAGCUGAAGAAACAAAUGGCACAAAUGAAGUUGUAGUCGACAGCUUCGAGAAGGGUGGAAACACAGGAGAUACAAGGUUUGAUAACUCUGAAAUUUUCAGGAAAUCAUCUAUACCAGAGGUUGUCUUGAAUGGAAAACCAAGUUGUAUUAGUGGGUCAUCUCGUGAUCAACGGGUUCCCUCUAUGCAAAAUAUGACUAAUAAUCUCUUGCCAAAUGGGAAGAGACCGAGAAUUACUGUAGAAGAUCGAGCACCUGAACCUAAUAUGAAUGCUUGCUAUGAAAAUACUGAAGCACUAAGUGUCCAGGAAGAAGACAUGUGCUCUACAGCUGAAUCUUCAUCAGCUAAGAAACAGACGACCAGCAGUUUUUCCUUCUGUGUCCCACAUGGUUGUUCUGUAUCAUCAAAAGGAAAGGAAUUGUUAGAUUGCGAAUCUUCUGAUGUGAAGCCACCCUGGAAAGAACAUGUAGAUGAAGAGUAGAGUUCAAGUUGGGAAGGUUUAUACUGUAGUUUCUCUCAGAAUAAUCCCUUUCUUAAGAAGAAUAGAGAGCACUUAGACAAUCUUAGCAGCUGCAGGAACAGCUGCGCGGUUUUAUAGUUUACAAUACAAGCCUUGUUCGGAUGAUGAAGUAGCCAUACAAAAAGCAAAAAAACAGAGUUCAAGUGAAGGUGGUCAGUAAUGCUGUUUCCUUUAUAUACUUGAUGUGUUAUGGUUUGCACAUUCUGAUGUAAGAUUAUUUAGAUAUGUCCAACUUGCUGUUCCAUUCGACUUAUGUCAAUUAGCAUCAUGACAUGUUUAUAAGGAAUACAAAUUAUGUUGUUUUCUUGACUUCUAAUUUAACUUCUUAUUGCUAGUUAAAUGUAUAAAGUUUGAUUUGUUUC